UUCUCAGACCCACCUAAACCCUCGUUCUCUCUCUCGAGUCUUCCCAUCUCAAAAACCAUUCUCUCUGUCCCUGAAAGGCUGAAAUCCCCUUUCACUCUCAGACCUCUUCCCUCUUCCCUCUCUCUCUACACAUCUUGGUGCGGUGUUGCUGUUGUUCGUGUUGUGUUUCUGCUUGCCGGAGAUGCGUUGUCGCUCUAUACUCUUGCCUUGAAGCUGCUGCGUGGCUGUGGUGGUGCUGCCACCGUCUCGCCUCCAGGCCGACGUUUUGUUCCCGUCUCUCCUCACCUUGCUUCCGCCACUUGUGGUGGUUGUUCAAGCAAACCUUAAACCUUAAAUGUAGCGUUUCAAAAUUCAAAUUACUCCAUCCUGCCGACCGGUGACCACUAGUGUUGUGCCGACCGCUGCUUACGACACCGGCACCGACGCACCCGCACCCGGUAGCCUUCUCCCUCUUCUCUAUUGUGAGAUUGCAACUCUUGAAGAGUGUAGAUGAGUACGAAGGAGGAGCCACCACCAUCGCUGCCUAAACUGAUGACACUUAAUAAGGGUCUUAAGUUGGCUCAGCAGUGGGUUAAAAAUAUGCCUGGAGAUCUGGAGGAGGUAGAGGACGUGGAAGUGGAAGGCAGGCCUUCUAGGCUUGGUCUUGGAGCAAAAGUUCCACGUAAAUCUCAUGUUGGACCUUUUAAUGAUCCUGUUGAAAGAAGAUUGCAUAAGAAGUUUGGUGCAGGGAGAAAGAAAUCUGCUGCUGAUGACGAUUCCAUUCUGUCUGCGAAGAAUGAAAUAGAUAUUGAUGACGAGGAUGACGAUGAAAAUUUAGACAGUAGAACUAAUGCUUUUGCCAAAAAGAGAGCUGCUCCUCUCAACUUAACACCCCAAGCAAAAAAGAAAUUUAAGUAACUUAAAAUAUAUGUUCGCCCCAUGUUCUAUCGUUAAUUUCUUUUUUUUUUUAAAAAAUGUAUUUCUCCGAUGAUAAUUAUUGAUGCGAACUCUUUGGUCAACUUGCAUGACCCUCCGGCCUCCGUUGGAGGUGAACCUAAGGAAAGUUACCUGAUGGCCCAUUUUUUAUGUGAUAAUAAGUGGUGGUAAGAGUCAUGAAUUUAUAGGUA